CGUAAACGCGCAGUAUUUUUUCCCGCUGAAAAAAUGUGAGGUUAAAGUACCUUGGAACGAAAUGUCAUACCAGCUGGUCAUAUACUUAUGUCCCGUGACUUCGAUGUAACCAUUCAUUUAACACCGUUGACUAUUCUUUGAAAUUCAUUGUUGUUGUUGCAUUGUUCUUUGGUUAAAAAUGCAAGUGCGAGUGUUUCUGGACGUUUCUUACAACAGUACUUUGCUAUAACUGUGUCGGGUCGGUAUAAUCGUUUCAACAGCAAUAAAAUGUAGAUUAAAAAAUAACAUUUGUCGUCAUAGGGAAGUGUGGAGAAGUUCGAUACAAAUAUUAACUGUUUCAUUACAUUUCUUUCUUUUAAAAAUUAUUUAAAUCAGACUCAGUACAACCAAUUUGGAAAAUCAGUGAGAACUCCGUAAACAACUCAAAACAUUAAAUCUUAACCUUAGUUUCAUCUGACAAAAGUGACAAAAGAAAAGUUAUUGAGCACUGCUUGUCAAUUUAAGAUCGGAGAAAAGGUCAGGUUGUAUCCGAUAUUUCUGUGUAAAUAUGAGUGAUUCAGAAAAAUUGGCAAACCGUGGGAACUCGGUAGUAGUAGGCAAAGCAGAAUCCCCGAAAAAAUCAAACUUGUCAUUCAAAUUUAAUAUUGAUAUUAAAAAUGUGAUGAGUGAUGAAUCAUCAGAUUCAGAAAACGCCGAUUUACAAAUUGAUAUAGCCGAAAUAGAUAACUAUGAACCAACCCAGAAACGUUUGAGAAUUGAGGUGGAUGAGACUUCUGCUCUCAAUGAAAUGGAAGAGGAAAUUGAAAGGCAACUCGAUGCAAAAGCUGCCAAAACCAAUUUAACUGCGACUAAUGUGAAAAACAUACUCAGGCACGUUAUCACCAACGAACAUGUUAUGGCAAUGGUACAAAAUCGCUUACAGAAUACAGAUGACAAGGUGAUUUUUGAGCCCAAACUCACAAGAGCCAAAGCUAAGGAACUAGCAAUGACGCAGCCAAAUAUGCGCUGGCCAAUGACGCCUGUAAAGAAAACGUCAUCCUCAGAAGUUCAGGAACUAAUUGAGAAAGAUUUGUCAGAGGAUUCAUCGGACGAAGAGUACAGCCCUGAUCAAGAUCAGCAGAGCGACGAUGAGGCAGAAGGUGAUAAUCUAACAAAUAGCGAUGUUGAUUCUCAACCAGCAACACCUGCAAGUUCUGAAGGUGCUACACAGCUAUUGGAGAAACAGGCGCCUACCGAGGUUCAUUAUGACAAUGAUGGAGUAUUCAAAAUACCAGAAGUGCCACAGGGACCGACAGAAAUUGAAAGUAUUGGACAGAGAACAAGAUCGAAGCUCAGCCUCAGCGAAACGCCCCUUGAGCAAAUAGAACAAGCUUUCAUUCCACCUGACAUUACCAUCGAUAUGUACGAUUGGGAUUGUGACAAAGAUCCUGACUGGGAUAACUUCCUAAAAGAGUUUACACAACCUCUUGGUCAUGAUGCAGCAAUUGAGGAUGAUCCAGAAGCUGACCCCGAGUACAAUAUAUUGGAGGACAAAGAGACUGAUUUGCUCGACAAAGAAGAAUUGCGUAUGGAUAAAGCUGUGAAAGUUACGAAAAAGGAGUUAAACGACUUGGUUGCCGAACUUUUUGAGUUCGAAGAUAUGUUUUCAAAAAAUCAGGUCGAAUUACCAAAGAAAAAAAAUACAUCGGAUAAUUCGUUGACAACUGUACAAAAUACGUCUACGAACAACUGUAUGAUUGAUCUUCUUCCUGCUCUAGCAGAGCCUGAACUCCCAAAAUUAGUAAGUUCUGAACAGAUCAAUCUUCUAACAACGCAAUUACGACAACAUGUGCAGUUGAUGGCUCAACACUUCGGAAUGUCGUACAUGCAUCCUGAAUUGCAUUCUUAUGCUAAACAGUGUAAAGAAAAUCUCGAUAGCUUAAGUUACCUCACGGAUGGCUCAAGUUCUAUCUUCAAUGUGGAAAAUUUACCCGAUGCAUUGAAUUUCGUCAGCAAUUGGAAACAAAAAUUUGAAGAUGAAAACUUCACCCUCGAAUACACGAAAUUCAUGGCUGAGGAAAAUCAGAAAGAUAUUUUCCACGGCAAUUGGGGUCACAAAUAUAUUCCCAAGUUUCAUCCUGAGCUCUUGAAUUCGUUCGUCGAGAGCAAGGCUUUCAUGUACCCUCAUCUUUUACCAAUAAUGCCGUUUCGGUCAUAUCUUCUGAAGACAAGCCGAGCGGCUUAUUUAACGUCCGAAGAUUUUCUCAUCGCAUUGGGGCUCGAACAAUUUACUCCGUUUGUCAAGGAGAAAGAAUCAAAAUUUAAAAACAAAACGAUGUUGCUUAUGGACGUUGCGCAAUUGAUUGUCAAAUACAUCAUGCCAUGCAGAACACUUACAGCCAUAUUCAAUCAUAUUGCUUGCGUCAGAGCGAGUAAAAAGCCCAAUCCUAUAAAUCAUUAUUUCAAAACCGGAAGUGCACCGCGAACUAUACAUUGUAUAACGCUAGAUACUGAGCUUGUAGCACCGAAGGAUCAACCCCGUCACCUGCUGCCGCCGAUGUGGCAGCGAUUCAUCGAACGCGGAUGUUUGACUAAAUCUCGUAAAAAAAAGGCGAAUUUUGCUAAAAAAACAAAGGGCUUCAAUUCACCGAUGGCCAACGUAAUUGUUGACGAAUCGUAUCGAAAUCCGAUCGUUAAUAUGUUACCAAGCGUGAAGCACGAUAAUUCACCUCCUAAAAUGAACAACGAUAGAAUCGUAGAAUCGAAUGAAGAGAACGUAGCAGAAGUGGGUAGCGAAAGUACUACGGAAACGACCAAGUCACCUCAGCUAAGAAAAACAACUCCUCGUUUGGCGAAAAUUCGAAGUGCUCAAAACAUGAAAUUGAUGACUCAAGUUGCCGGUUCCAAAGGAUUAUCUAACUGUGCUAAGUUGAAAUCCAGAGGAAAGAGCGAAUCUUCCAAAGAUUCCGAAGAAUCUUGUGGUUCAUCCAAAGGGGAUAACGAGGAUGAAAUAGCAGAAUUGAUGCUCGCAAGCACAACUAUUAAAAAGGAUUCGGCAACUAGAAAAAAAGCUAAACAAGCCAGAGAGUUGGAAAAUAUAAAACGCUUAUUGAAUGCAGAAAGUGAAUCUGCUCAAGAAGAAAGAGCUGCGAAAUUUGCGGAAUCGUUUCUUCAAAAAUUACACGUUACUUUGGAAUCCAGCAAUCCAGAAACAGUGAAAACUAUUUUUAAAGUAUUCACGGAAUACAACGAAAAACUUGAAGAUAUUAAUAAAAUGAGAUACAGCGACGCUGGUCGUUCAGCCGGAAGCCACGAGUUAGCAGUCCAUACCAAAGAAGGAAGAGAAAAAAUGAGAACAGCAAAAGAUUUUCUUGUAAUAAAUCUCUACAAAGACGUUUGCAACGUAUUGCACGACUACCCGGAAUUGCGAACGGAUUUUUUACUGUUUUUAAAUCCUCAUCAAGCUGCAAUGAUCGACGAGUCAACUCAACAUACGAUGUUACAAAAAAUGAGUGAAUUCAUGAAUGUCGUGCAAAUAUAUUUUGCCAAACAACCGUCCCGUUUAACAAGGAUAAUGAAAGCCAUUACUCAGUUGACGUCCAAUCGUUACGUUACAAUGGCCGAUGUUCACGCUGCGAUGGAUCCAAUAUUACGAGGUCAUCAAGUGGUCAUGGACAUGUUCCUUCAAGUAUUGCCCAUGGGAAAGCCGCCUGAUAGCUUGUUCGCCAUGAAUUUGUUCGAAAAUUUAAUGUGUCCCAUGGGCCCUUACGACAAACACAAAAUUUAUACGGAAGACUCUCCGGAACUAUACGAAAACAUAGAAAUACCACCACCAUCACAAGAGGAUCCAUACGGUGGAGAUAAUUGCAAAUGUGAUUGUCACGAUUCAUCAGACAACGGUUUGAAAAGUAUCACAGCGGCGCAUUGCGUCUCGUGUGGAACACGGUUUCUGAAUGGAAAAAUAUAUCUGCAAACCUCGGAGGGUUUGAGGCCAGCGAAAAUCACAUUCCCCGGUGACGAUGAAGAACAACUGGAAAAUAUUGCUCGUAUUUCGCUCAAAACGACAGAGCGAUUUGUACCUGGUUUGCCCGCAACGCGGCGUCGCAAGUCGUCGAAAAACGAGCCUGGUUCCGAAGAAUCCAAUCAAAAACAGUGCACAGCGAAAACAUCGCCGAUUAAAGAUAAUGAUGAUGGUGACAGAUCGACGUUGAAGUCGAAAAGAGGAGGAAAAUCGCCACCGAAAACUGCGGACCAACGAAAAUCCUCAAAACCCAACGAAAUCACGUCCAACAAUGCAGGGCCGAGCUCUGUCACUGGAAGCGUAGAGCCGACGUCGCCUCUGAAAAGCAAACGCGAAACACGCGCAGAAAGAAGGGAAGCAAAAUUAGAGUUGAGGAAUACGGGAACGGUGGAAAACAGCCAGACCAACGAAGAAAGUAGUUCAAACAAAAGUGAACAGUGGAAUGAUUCGGGUGGACGUUCAGUCCGAUCGAACAACACCUGUAAUAGCGAUUCCGACAUGAAUAUUACUUGUGAAAGUAUGGACGUCUUAAUAAACAAAUCAGACAGUAGUGUUUCUAUGGAGUCGGAGGAACCAGUCAAUUUGAAGCCUUGGACGAGACACGAGGAUAUGAUAUUGCUACAAAAUAUCAAGAAGGACUAUUCGGAGUCAACAUUUGUUGCUGUUAGCGAAAUGCUCGGCGACCGAACGGUCGAGCAGGUUGAGGAACGAUGCCAAACGUUAUUAUCCUUGCUGGAGAAAAUGGUUUAACUGUAUAUUUGUAAAUUGAUUUUAUAGAUGUAUAACGUUUAAUUAACUUUCAUUUAUUUCACCACUAGUACUAUGUCAAUAUUUCACUCUCCGCUGAAAUUGCACAAAAUCAAGUGCGCUCAUUGAGAAACAGCGUCAGUCAACUACCGUGAUGUUCGUAAACAAGUUCAAGAGAGUAUGUUCAAUUGUUUCAUUGCAAAACAUCGAUGCGUUCGUUUCUGCCAGUGCAUUUUGACAGACUGAAUAUUUUCACUGAAUAUUUCAGUGAAUGAAAACAUGUUAAGAUGAUAUAUUAUCAUGAAUUUUGAAUGGAAGAGCUUUGUGAUUUUAUAGCUGGCUGGGGAGCCGGUGAGUUGCUCAAUAAAUUUUAUUUAAAGGUUA